UCCGAGCUCAUCAAGAUCAUUCACUCCAAGUCAGUGCACACCAAGACCACCGAACGCUCGGUAAACAGCAUCGAUUCGCUGCAUACUGUGCUGCAGCAAUGUCUGGACAAUAUUAGGAAUAAGGUGCUGUUGAUGAAGAGACAGUUGGCGCAGGAGACAUCAGUGCCCACAGCAGUUAGUUAUGGCGAGAUCAUAAGGAAUAUUAGGAAUCAGCUCAAUAGUAUAAGGACACUGUCACUGCCAGACUCGGUGGUGUUGUGUGAUGGUGAGAAGAUCUUGUUCAAGGUUGAGUGUCGCUACCAUCUCUACGACAACGUGACCACACAGUUGGCAUCAGGAACACAUGGCACUUCCAACUCACAUGGAUUUGGCAGUCUGACAUCUCCACGCGAUAACAAUACCGCCCCAACAGUAUCCACCAACGAAGAGGAGUAUGUUCCAGGCACCUGCUUCAUCACAAACUACCAGAUCAUAUUCAAUGGAGUUCAUCAAAACAGUCUAUUCAAAAAAUCAUUCAGUUUGCACUCGAUCCAAAAGAUGGACAAGUCUGGAAAGAAGAAGUCUGUUGGCAACUCAUUCUCGUAUAGAUUGAACUUCUUGUGCAAGGAUGCAAGAACAAUCUCAUUGUCAUUCGACAAGUCGAGCAACUCUCUGAAGGAUGUUCGCAAGUGCGUGGAGAACACAAUCGCCACAUCGUUGUUCUGCUUCUUGUACAAGGCAGAGUACACUCAGAACGAGGUGACCAACCUUGGCUGGAACAUCUACGACCCCAAGGACGAGUUUGCCCGUAUGGGCAUCCCCUCGCCCGACUGGAAGUACACACAUAUCAACAGCACGCACUUUAUUUGCGAGACGUACCCCUCGCUGCUAGUCGUGCCAGACACCAUCUCGGACGAGCAGCUCAAGGCAGUGGCCAACUUCCGAUCCAAGGGCAGGAUACCUGCGCUCUCCUACCGCCACUGGAGCAACAAGACAUCAAUCACACGUUGCAGUCAACCUCGUGUGGGCAUUGGCAGAAACAGAUGCGAGGAGGACGAGCAACUGGUGAACGCCAUCCGUCUCACCGCCGUCGCCGCCACAACGAGCAGCGCAGCGCCAAGCUCGUCGACGAUGGUCCACGCUACGGGGUCGACCAUGGACGGCAAGAAGAGUGGCAGCGAGAAGACUUUGUAUAUUAUAGACGCGAGACCCUAUGCCAACGCCGUGGGCAACAGGGCUAAGGGUGCAGGAUGGGAGAUCAUGACCAACUAUCCAAACUGUGAGAUUGAGUUCAUGGACAUUGCCAACAUACAUGUGUGA